AUGAAUGAGAGUGUAAUAAAUAAAAGUGGAAAUAAACAUUGCGCUUUGUGCGGUGGCAAGAAUCCAAGUUGGGGCUGUUUGCCUUUUGCUGUUCUUGUGUGCACCAAGUGCGCCGGCGGGAUGAGAGAGCUGGGAACAGGUGUUUGUGUAGUUCGUUCGUUAUUAUUGGACUCUGUCUCUGAAGAGUUUCUUGCUCCCUUUCUCAUGGGAAGCAAUUCUCUGUUUCUGGACUGGUAUGGAAAUAACUGCAGAGAAGAGCUUUCUCUUUCUUUUUUCAAAACAGAUCUGGCAAAAGAGUAUGCAGAGCAGCUGAAAAGCGGAGCGAUAAAAGAGAAAACAGCAAAAAGUGCUCCGGUGAUAGGCCCCGGUGAUGCAGUAAAAUCAAAACUGUCAACACAAAAAAAAUCAAAGCCGAAAUCAAAGCUGAAGCUGAUAGUGGAGAAUGACGACGAGGCCUCUGAGGAGGACUUAGACGCUCCAGAGACAGAGCAACCGCAAAACGCAGCUGAAAAGGAGAUAGUAGCAAAGAAAAAAACCGUUAUAAAGAGAGUGCCUGGCAAGAUAUUAACAGACGAGUCAAAUAAUGCAUCCAGAUUGGGAAUGUUCAAAAACGUAGAAGAUCUCGGGAAAACAGAGAAUGAUGGAACAGAAGGCAAAAAGUUUCCUGGACACUCGAGCAUGCUGAAGCCUUCUAGAGAGAGCAGCUCAAGAGUUCUCACGGGAGGGGACACAGGAUCUUUUCAAAGUGCCAUCCCAGCUGAAGUAAUAAAAGGCAAAAACUUUAUUGGGAGCGCUCCUCCGCCCAAAGAGUCGGUGGCAGAUAAGCUGAAAAAGAGCCUGGAAAAGGGAAAAAGAACCCUUUUCAAUACCUUCAAGAAAUAG